AUGUGCGUUGUCAAUCCAAAACAGGAUCAAGCUCAAUGUGAAUCAUGCUGGGCAUUUUCUGCAUUCAAUACUCGGGAAUUUCAAUAUGCAAUCGCAUAUGCACAACCACAGAAGCUUUCAGAACAGAGCAUUGUUGAUUGUGUUUUAAGUCAUCAGCUUAUGGAUAUGAUAUCCAAAUACCAAGAUGCAAAGUUUAUGUCGGAAGUGGAUCAUCAAAACUACUGGAUCGUUCAUAAUUCAUCGGGUCUUGGAUGGGGCGAACAAGGCUAUGUUUGCACCAUCCAAGUUGAUAAGAAAAUAUUUUAA